GUCGUCGACUUUGAAUUCUGAUCAUUUCUGUAUUCAUCAAGUUUAGAUUUCUAAACCCUAAAAGACGACCAAAAACACGAUUCAAUUGAGUGAAAAGACGACGAAUUCUACAUGUAUUUCUUCAUCAAUCACUUCCUCCAAAAGAUUCGAGCUCAAAUGAACCCGUAGGUUUCCUUUUCAGACCCCUGCAGAUGGAUCCGGAGCAAACGUUUAUUCGUGUGCAAGAAAGAUUCUCGCAGAUGUUAACGCCAAGGAUUCGAGCUUCCUUGGAAUAUAUUUUCUUAUUCUUAGCCAUCACUUUGUUCUGUAUUCUCGUUGUUAUGCACGCUAAUUACGUUCAACAGCCGGGUUGUUCGAGUGAGCUUUCAGAAAUUGAGAGAGCUGAAGCACAACUUUUUCAUAUCAAGAUUACUAGUGCUGGCUUGUGGUCUCACAAUGAACCAGAGUCUGAUGACCUGGAUGUUUCAAGAAAGGGAGCUAGCGACAAAAUUGUAGAAUUCGAAAUUGUAGGAGAUGGAUUUGGAAUUUCAGAUGCAAACGUCUGGUGGAGUUUGGUUAACAAUGUCGCGAUGAGAAUUAACCUGUUAUUUAAAUUCUGGCAAAUUGAUAAUCCGUUGCUUGAGAUUCAACAAGAAGUUUCUUCUGUUAAUGUAAACUCCGAGACAAAUGCUGAUGCUAUUAAAAGCAACAAUUGGGAGUCAGUUAUCAAGUUCUCAAUUUCCGUGAAGGUGUCACUUAAGACAGCAAUGGUUCACAUAUGGAGAAAAUGGCAUGGACGCUUCUCUAUUCUUUGGAGACAUGCUAGGAGGAUUCUUGGAGGUCUAUGGGAUAUUGCUGGUAUACAUUUGAACAUUGACGUCCCAAAAUGGUUACAUAUACUGCACCUGGAAAACUUUAAUUCAUAUGCAGUACAGUGGCUUGAAAAGAGAAGCAAAACAUCUGAACCAUCCUACUUGUUUACAAUGGAAAAGGGUUAUCACAUGUUGCCUGAAGAAGUGAGGAUUUCGCACAACAUACAAACAGUUAACAUUAGCAUAUCAGCUUGGCAUUCCUGCUUUGGGAACAGAUGGCAGCAACUUUUGAUAAACAGACUUGUUGGCUAUGACACAAUAUUGAUGAACAGCCUGUUGAGUUCUCCCGGUCAAGGGUAUAUUUUUAAUUAUCAAUCCAACGAGUAUUACAAUCUUACAUAUGCUCAUGAACAACCCGAAGGAUCUGCACAGUUUGGAGAUUAUCUUGUGACCAAGUGUGCUGUGCUUAUGAUGUCAUUAUUUGUAUUCUUCACAACCACAAUGUCCGUGUCUUUCACUUUGAGGGAGACGCAAACUCGGAUGCUGAAAUUUACUGUGCAGCUUCAGCACCAUGCUCGACACAGGCUUCCUACUUUCCAGCUAAUUUUUGUGCAUGUGAUUGAAUCUCUUGUCUUUGUACCAAUCAUGAUCGGAAUAUUGUUCUUUCUGUUCGAGUUUUAUGAUGACCAGUUAUUGGCCUUCAUGGUCUUGAUUCUUGUCUGGUUGUGCGAGCUUUUUACAUUGAUCAGUGUUCGCACACCCAUAUCAAUGAAGUUCUUCCCGCGUUUCUUUUUAUUGUAUUUCCUUGCCUUCCAUAUAUAUUUCUUUUCUUAUACAAGUGGUUUUUCGUAUCUGGCCCUCUCUACAACCGCUGCAUUUAUGCAGCACCUCAUCCUCUACUUUUGGAACCGGUUUGAGGUUCCAGCUCUACAGAGAUUUAUGCAGAACCGACGAUCACAGUUCCAACAGCACCCAGAUUUUCACAUCACUUCAUCAACAAUCCUGGCUUCAACAUUACACAUCACUAGAUUAAACACAAGGACCUUAAAUCCUCCAACAACCAAUAUGGACCACCACCUCCACCCCAUUUUACCACCACGAGCCGCCUCCACUGCCACUGCUGCACCUGUUCCAACCACCACCACCACCCUUCCAGAACUACUUUCAGGAAUCCAAGGCCCACCACCACCACCAGAAAGAAGCAGCAACAAUAACAACAAUACGAAUAUAAUAGGUAAUCAAAAUGAAGAUGUAUUGCCACAUGAUCUUCAGGAAGCUGUUGUUGCUGCGAAUCCAGGAUCAUCUAUGAACUCAAACUCCUCAUCCUUCAGUUCACUGUUAUUAUGGCUCAUGGGCGGAACUUCGUCAGAAUGAAUUCAUUUUUCUCCAUUUUCAGAGAUUUGAGAGACCAAGGUCAAGUUUAUGCACCAGCAAGACUCUCCCGAAGAAGAAGACGAAGAAGGCGGGGAGAGAUAACAUUUGGAGAAGAAAUGCAGUUCUCUACUGAAGCCUUACUGAUGAACAUGAUUGGAGAGAAAUUUGUGAUUUGAUUACAUGUAUAUUUCUUUAGCUUUGGAUUAAAAUCAAAAACAAUGCUCUUACUAACAACUAUCAACAAAGAGAGAAAAAAAGUUCUAUAUUUUUACUGUCAAUAAAACCUUGUUUACAAAGAAUAUAAAUAGGUUUUACCCUUAAAUGUUAUCUA